AUGUCAGCUAACAAGUAUGAAGUGCCAACGACGAUUCUCGUGUUCCUCAGCAUGUUGUACGGAACGAUAUCUGUUCUAGCUGUGGUGGGAAACGCGCUGGUUAUGUGGAUAAUAGCCACGUCCAGGCGUAUGCAGACUGUUAAAAAUUAUUACAUAGCAAACUUAGCGUUUGCGGACAUUAUUAUAGGGUUGUUUGCGAUUCCAUUUCAGUUUCAAGCAGCCCUGCUGCAAAGAUGGAAUCUGCCUUAUUUUAUGUGUGCUUUCUGCCCUUUCAUACGAGCUCUUUCAGUGAACGUCUCGAUUUUCACGCUGACAGCAAUUGCUAUCGAUCGACAUAAAGCAAUUUUAAAACCUCUCAGCGCUAGACCGAGCAAACACACUGCGAAAAUUUUCAUCGUUGGAAUUUGGAUUGUCGGGGUGUGUUUAGCAACGCCAAGUGCUGUUGCACAGAAGGUCGUUAUGGUGCCAGAAAAUCGUAGAGAUAGUCAAGUACAUUACAAGCCAUUCUGUACACACGCGAAUCUAUCUGACGAAUCGAUGUUAAUUUACGCAGGAUUUUUGGUACUUUCGCAAUACCUAAUUCCCCUUUCAAUUAUUUCCUGCGUCUAUGCAAGAAUGACGUUGAAACUGUGGAGCAACAAAGCGCCAGGGAAUGCGGAAGACUCUCGGGACGUGAAUUUGAUGAGGAAUAAAAUGAGGGUAAUCAAAAUGUUCCUUAUAGUCGUAGCCCUGUUCGCAAUUUGUUGGCUACCACUUCAAACAUACUACUUUUUACAGUUUCUUUAUCCAGAAAUUAACGUAUACGAAUAUAUCAAUUACAUAUGGUUUUUCUGUGACUCGCUGGCUAUGUCGAAUAGCUGCUGCAAUCCGUUCAUCUACGGAAUAUACAAUGAAAAAUUCCGAAGAGAAUUCAAACAACGAUGUCCCUUUUUAUGGCGAAAAUGGUCAACCAGUCCGCCAACCAAUACCACGGACACGGAUAAAACACAAAGUACCCGGACUUCCAUUAGAUACGAAUGGAGACGAACGAUUUCCGGUACCUAUCCAAACGUUUCGUCGUUUUACAAAGGUGCACCGACGAAAGAAUCGUCUGAAUCGUUCAUCGCGGAUCACCAACUAAGCGGACGAAGUAAAAGAGGAAUUAGUUGUUAUAUUCGCAGUGGAAAUAACUGUUCUAGAAAAAAUGAAGAAUUGUACGUUUUUUCCUCCGACGAACAUCAACACACGCAAGAAGACCUCGGCAUUGAAGAAUUAUGCCUGUAG